ACUAACGGUGUUCGAUCAGGGUGCAAAGCCAAAAAGGUGGUUUUAACCUUAACGCUGAUCCUUAAAUCUGUCAUCGCAACCAUUGACGACUGCAGCGCUUUCGACGAAACAUCAUCCCCACUGCACCCUCAAUUGCAAUUGCGAUUGAGAUUUAGUUGUCACUUGGUGAAUUCGCGUCUCAUACCAGCUCCAAUUCGGUUUCACUCGGUCCAACCACCACUCAUCCACACGUCGAUCCAUCAGCGUCACCAGCGGGUGCCCGUUCCCGGCCCCAUCAACCAGAAUGAUCUGUCUCUCCAAAGCAGACGAAUUCGUCUUCAGGCAUCUGUCUUGGAACCAGAGCCCUUCGCCCCUGGCCGCCGCCCAGACGACGCGUCAGGAUCUUAACGGCAUCGCCAACCUCCGCGAGCAUGUUGACGCCGACCAAGAUGAUGGCAGCGGAGGCUGUAGCGGAGGAUCGCUAGGCACUGGUGAUGAAAAGAAUCAUCUGGGGAUCCAACCUCCUGAGCCCAGCCACGGAGAGCUGGCAGAUGCGAGACGACUGUCCCGCUCUGCAGGAUUGUCCUCGUGUCUGAAGACGGUUGAUGGUGGUGAUGACCAUGACCGUCUUUCCCGAGGCACGGCCCCGUCGUGUCUCUCUCGCGUCUGGAGCUGGGCCGCCUGGGUUCUCUCUGUUCUUGUUGUUUCUUCGAUUAUCUCGUCUUGGAAUUCUCCCAAUCCCGUUGCCGUCUCGUCGCCUCUCGUUCAGCGAUCCUUGCCCCCAGUCCAAGCCUCUCCCCUCCGUAAGAGGUCCACCUGCGAUGCUGGGGGCGUAAACAAGAAUGAUUACAACACCGGGCUCCAUGUCGCGGCUUUGUUCAUCAUCUUGUGUGUAUCGACACUUGCUUGCGCCUUUCCCAUCUUGGCUGUCAAAUUCCCGGGUCUGAGAAUUCCAAACCGUUUCUUUUUUGCCGUCCGUCACUUCGGUACUGGCGUCCUCAUCGCCACGGCCUUCGUCCACUUGCUUCCCACAGCCUUUAUUUCCCUGGGCGACGCGUGCCUGGGCGGCUUUUGGACUAGCGACUAUCCUGCGAUUCCUGGUGCCAUUGCCCUGGCGGCUAUUUUCUUCGUCACCAUUAUCGAGAUGGUCUUUCAUCCUUCCCGGCACCUUCCUACCAACCAGAUGGGCCCUUCCUCGGGUGAUGCCCCCUCCGACGACGAACCUCGCAACCACGGUGGCUGCAUGGGGAGUGUCGGUAUGCUUCCAGUCCGCGACAUGGGCCCCCUCCGCGGCCGGGCCUCGAGCAUCGGUCACGGCUUGACCAACUUGAACAACCGGGAGAUGCCGGAGGUUGCCGAUGGAAACGAGACUGGCGGCCAGGAGGAUAGCACUCAGCCGCGACGAAAGCAGAGUUUCGAGGAGACAAGCCUUGAGAGCGUGCAUGUGAUUUUGACUCCAGAGCAGAAGCAGCGUAAGGAGCUUCUUCAAUGCGUCCUUCUCGAGCUUGGUAUUCUGUUCCACAGUGUCUUCAUUGGGAUGGCUCUAAGUGUAUCGACUGGGAACGAAUUCAUCAUUCUCCUCAUUGCCAUUGUCUUUCAUCAGACUUUCGAAGGUCUAGCACUCGGUUCUCGAAUUGCGAGCAUCAAGUGGCCGAAGGGCAAGAUGCAACCCUGGUUCAUGGCACUUGCAUACGGCUGCACAACUCCCCUUGGCCAAGCUCUCGGUCUGGCUACUCACACCCUCUACAGCCCCGGCUCUGAAGUGGGCUUGAUCAUGGUGGGAGUGAUGAACGCCAUCUCCGCCGGUCUGCUUACCUUUGCUUCUCUGGUCGAGCUGCUCUCGGAGGAUUUCUUGAGCGAUGAGAGCUGGCGUGUUCUCCGUGGAAAGAAGCGAGUCUACGCCUGCCUCCUCGUCUUCUUUGGUGCCUUUUUCAUGAGCCUUGUCGGUGCAUGGGCUUAGGUGCCAUGCCGCCAAUGGGUCUGAAUUAACGCCUACUGCCUGGCAAACGCUGUACAUGAGGCCUGCCGAUGUGGACAUACCAGUUACUUGAUGGCCGAGCACAUGGCUUUGAUCUUGAUAUAGGAGCCUUCUUCUUCUCUUCUAUCGUCGGAUCCGGAUCCGCCUCUGCUGAUCUGGACCGACCCUUUCUGCAAACCUACCCAGGUUACCCCUCCACCGCGCGCUCCCUCUCGCAACACAAUGCGAAGGGUCUGAAGAAUAUUUUACAUCUUCUUCACUUUAUGUAACGACAUUUCCAAUAUGUGUUGCAUCAAGCUUGAUAUUUCACACAUAGAUAGCUAUCUACAACUAGCAAAUUGACGCUCAUUUUAUACAAACGAUUA